GAACAUUUUCCCUUGCAUUUCUCAAACCCCAAAGAUUGCUCGACCUAAUGAACGAUGCUGAUGCGGCUGCUGCCAAAGCAGAAUAUAUAAGGCGUAAAUAUCUCGCUACUGCACCUGGCGAUGAGUCUACCAAAGCGUACAUUGCAAGUAAAUAUCUUGGCUCUGGCCAAGAAGGGCAGUCCAAAAAGAAAAAAAAGAAGAUACCCAAACGCAUAAAAAAAGGCAACAUCGGCAUCAUAGACGAAGAAGAAGAUAGCUGGCGGCAAGCCAAAGUCCAAGACGACGACGAGGAUACAUUCAUGGAAUCUGAAGAAGCGACGGUAACAGAAACCAAAUCACUCUACACCCCAAAAACAUCUGGAUGGACGAUUAUUCGUGAAGGAGAAGAGGAAGAAGAAGCAGAAGAUGAAAGACCUCAAAUUGUUGGUGAAGUCCCCACCAUGGAUCGACCUCAACCUCGUUCACGCGAAACAUCAUCAACCACACCUUCACGACAAAUGAGAUCACUCAGCCCAUCACCACCGUCUUUAAGAGUAUCACGACAAAACUCGGAUGAUCGGGACGAAGACGAACUUCGAAUGUCCAGUGGACAUCGAGUAGGCUUGCAAACGACGGAACAAAUCAAAGCGGAAACGAUUCGAUUAAAAAAACAGCGCGAUAAAGAAAUGCGAGAGUUAGAUCCAACGCUAUCUGGACGAGAUGCAACGACGGUAUAUCGAGAUAAAAGUGGACGAAAAUUCGAUGUUGGCGUACUCAAAGCUGAAGAAGCUCGACGCAAGAAGGAGGAAUUGGAAAAGCAAGAAAGAAUGAUGGAAUGGGGUAAAGGAUUGGUCCAACGCGAAGAGAAGGCAGCCGAACAAAAAAGACUGGAAGAAGAAAAGAACAAGCCAUUAGCACGGUAUGCUGACGAUCGGGAAUUCAAUGAUGAAUUGAAAGAACGGGAACUGUGGAACGAUCCAGCCGCUCAAUUUUUAAGUGCAAGCAAGAAAAAGAAGAAGUCAAGACGACCCACGUACCAGGGUCAAUGGGCUCCAAAUCGGUUUGGUAUUCCUCCUGGUUAUCGAUGGGAUGGCGUAGACCGGUCCAAUGGGUUUGAAAAAGACUACUUUCUUCGGCAAAACGCCCGUAGUGCGCGUGAUGCAGAAGCGCACGCCUGGUCAGUUGAAGACAUGUGAAGCAUGUCAAUGGAGAGAGCUCUUCUUUGGUGCUAUAAAAUAUUUGCAAAUGUUACAUCGUCUAAUGAAGGCAACGCCGGCCAUCAAUGUGCUCAACCUUUUUGUUCUUUUUCCGGGAUGUUGAACCCUUUUGGGGAGCGAACGUGAUCGGACCACCCGAAUGUAGUA